UCAGAAGCAGCCUAACUGUAGAACCGUCACCGGCACUCUCGAGGAGGCUUUUUGCAAGUUUGUCGGCCAGCCGGUUUCAGUUGUUUGCUCGAGUCGAACUGUCUAUGGAUUCUCAGAUUCCUCUCAGAACGCGUGGCUCUUCUCUUCUCUUAUUUGACUUCUACACAUUUUUAAUCUCUUUAACUGUUUCUUAACUUAUGCAGUGCUUUUUAUACUGGAUCUAUAUGCCACCUUGCUGGAGUUAACUUCUGACAGUGCGAGAAACUUCACUCGCUCAAUUCAGGGCAUCUGUUAAUGCUAAACCCAAACGUCAUUAUAAGCUAACAUGUUUUUGAUCUUUAGAUUUGAACCUAAGGAAACUCGGGAUGUUUUGCGAUGGCCAGUUGCUUCUUUCUCUUGUUUGUUUAUGUCAGGACUCAGGGGUGCAUGCUUUGUGCAAUGUCUGCCAUGUUGAUGUGGAGCGCAUAAGUAAAAGAAAGCCCGGCGAAGUGUUAACACCACAUGAACCUGGAGUUGUUAGACGGGCCGUAAACCAUUUUUUGCAGAAGGAAGGUGAUAUAAAGGUGACUGAUGUUCGAUGCAUUCCUGGAGAUUUUCAUGCUAGAUACAAGGCACUAGAGCGAACAUACUUCUACCGCUUGCUUUCUGGACCAGAGCCUUUGUCAACAUUUGAGAAAGAACGUGCUUGGCAUGUACCUGAUGAAUUAGAUAUUCUGGAGAUGAAGAAAGCUUGCAAAAUCUUAACUGGACAUCAUGAUUUCAGUUCGUUCAGGGCUUCUGGUUGCCAGGCAGCAUCACCAAUUAGAACUUUGGACGAGCUCCAUAUAUCUGAAGUUCUUCCAUCUCCAUAUUUUCCUUCUUAUGUUGAGAGAAAAGAAAAGGACUUACAUUCACCUUCAGAUAAUUUGAAAGCAUCUCAUUUGCACAUUAAAAAAUUUGAUGCAAGCACUCAUAAGUUUGGCCAUAGAAGAAGUCAUCGUUGCUACAUUGUAACAGCUAGAGCCCGUUCAUUCCUUUACCAUCAGGUUAGACUACUCGUAGGUUUGCUCAAAUCUGUUGGUACUGGGGAAGUGCCUACCAAUAAAGUUGAGGAAAUCUUGAAUGCAAAGUCAGUGGCUGCUGCAAGUCCUAUGGCUCCUGCUUGUGGUCUCUAUCUGGGAAAUGUUGAGUAUGAAUUCUCAAAUGAUUUUCAAAGAUAACACUCAUUUUGGUUCAUGAUGGAUUCCCCAUGUUAUUCCUUAUUGGCAGGCUAAAUGUUACUUCUCCAGUAUAUGUACUCCAUCCAGUCAAAUAUGCAAAUAUUUCUCGUGUCGCCUGUUGAGUGUGAAUUGAUGAGCAUUGCUGACUGACUAGACACAGUUUAUUUCUCUGUGUAACUAGUCUGUAGUUGACUUCUACCAUGCAAGGGGUUACACUUCUUAUGCAACUCAUUGGAACCCUUCAUUGGAUGUAAUAUUUUGGGCAAAGAAAGAGGCUCUUUAGUACACGACUGGCAUAUAUAAAUCUCUAUUUUUGGCUUGCAAGUUAAUUACAAUCUGCAACCUUAGGUCCC